CCCGAACCCGUCCGCGCAGGCACGUGCUGCUGGCUCUCCAAACCCCUCGUGAUCACGACGCGGAUCAGCUCAAAUCGGCCCGAAACACGAGCGCCACGCGAGGCCCAUUCCGCAGCAGCCAUACAAAAGACUCCGCUUUUUUUCUCUGGCACUCUGAUUAUUCUCUGCUUCUUUAAACUCCUCAGAUUGUACUUUUUUUGCUUCAAAUGAAGGUCGCUACUCAAACUUCUCCCGCCGUCACCACUGCUUCGCACAGCGCGCACUUUUCGCCUCUGGCCCGCAAGCCGCGCAGCGCUGCGCACAUACGUCUCUUUGAGAACGCGGUCAAGCCCGAUACCAUCGACGACGAUAUCGACACCGUCAUUGACUAUCCUGAGACGCCAGCCGGACGCAAGGCAUAUAUGUCAAGCAAGACUGGGCGGCCUGUCACUGAGUUCCAGUACAGGGUGUACGAUCUCUGCAAGCAGGUGCCUCGCGGACACUUUACAACAUACAAGGCGAUGGCGGACCACAUGGGGUCUGGCUCGCGGGCCGUGGGCAAUGCCCUGGCCAAGAACCCAUUCUGCCCGCUGCCGAUUCCGUGCCACCGCGUCCUGACAUCGGACUAUUAUAUCGGCGGGUUCUCGGGCGACAAGAAGAGCAAGAUCUUUUGGAAGAAGGCCAAACUCGAGAAGGAGGGGCUCAGGUUUGACGACUCUGGGUUUGUGGACGCCGGAAUGCAGGGGGCCAGGUUCUUCAACAGCUUCAAAUGAGAAAUAUUUAUAUUACAUUAGCCUUUCAAAAAAGAGGUUUGAGUGCUGCGGUACUGGUCAGCGCACGACGCACGUCAAUUUCGUCUACAGCCAGACGCACCGAGCGGUCAUCUGCAGCGCCCGUGCUGGACAUUACGCGACGUGCUCCUCUCCUGCCGCGCGCUGCCUCGAUAGUU